AUGUCGUGGAACCUGAACGGUACCCUGUCUCACCAGCUGCGGUGUACAAACCCACCCCCCCACACGCUCGCCGAAGCACUCGCCUUUGAGUCCGGACUAGGCGUUGAGAACCUAGUCCUCGUGCAACCAUCGAUCUAUGGAGCCGAUAACUCGUGUUUAUUGGCUGCACUCAAGAAACUCGGACCGUCCCGCGGCAGAGGCGUGGUUGUCGUUGACCCUGAUACCGUGCAAGAAGAGACAUUGGACGAAUGGCACUGCCUUGGCGUCCGUGGACUGAGAGUCAACCUCCAGUCCGUGGGAAAAGUGAUGGAUCAGGCUGAGCUCGAAGAGACCCUUCUUCGACAUGCUGAGAUUGCCCGUCCCUAUAAUUGGAUCAUCGAAAUAUAUCUCCCUCUUAAGAUGGUUCCAAUGGUCGAGUCUAUUCUCCCACAGCUCGGCGUGCGCAUUUGUAUCGACCACUUUGGUAGUCCUGAACUACUCUCGACCGACGUUGGUACCUCGUUUGAUCCAUAUGAACUCGAAGGCUUUUCGUCCCUGAUAUCUUUGCUCCGUGCUGGAAGAACCUACAUCAAAGUCUCUGCACCCUACAGACUCAGCAAAGACCAUCAAAUGCGUGAUUUGCAGGCCAUGGCACGCGAGUUUUUGUCUGUUGCUCCUGAUCGCGUGAUCUACGCUACCGACUGGCCCCACACACGCUUCUCCGGGGUUGACAUCAACCCCUUCACAGAAUGUUGCUUGGACCUGUGCGCGUCCCAGCCGGGACUGGCAGAGCGACUGUUCCGCAGAAACACGGAAGAAAUGCUUGGUGUUGUUCCUGAAUAG